CUAAGAGCUCCGCUGAAAGAAAAGAAUUUAGAACUUGAAGACUGAGAGAGAUGACGAUAGACGACGAGAGCUCCGUCUACGUCGGCGGCCUUCCGUACGACGCCACCGAGGAAACCGUCCUCAGAGUCUUCGAGCUGUACGGAAACGUCAUUGCCGUUAAGAUUAUCAACGACGCUUCGACGCGCGGAAAAUGCUAUGGCUUUGUCACUUUCAGGAAUCCCCGGUCAGCGAUUCUCGCCAUCAAUGAGAUGGAUGGGAGGACUGUUGAUGGAAGAGUGAUCAGAGUAAAUGAAGUGAGGAGUAGAGGUAGAAGAUUGAGUUUUGGGAGAGAGAGGGAGAGUUUCCGGUGGAAUGCUGAGAGGGGGAGGAAUUGGGAUAGGGUUAGAUACCAUGAGAGGGAUUUUGAUCGGGAUAGGGAGGACCGGUAUAAGGAUAGAUUCAGUGAUCGGUCCAGGGAGCGUGACCGUGACAGGUCCCUUGAUGAUGAUGGUGAAGAGCGGGACAGACGGUAUGAGAGGGAACACGAUUAUGAUCACGCAGGGGACCAUUUUUUGCAUAGAGAUCAUCAUCGGGACAGGGAUGCGGAAGAUAACGAGCAAGGACAGAGCAGGAACCGCGAUCAGGGUUGGGAAAGAGAUGGAGCUUUGGAGUCUGAACGAGAUAGGGAGAUGGACAAAACCAAAAGCCAUGAUAGCAUCAGUGACAAGGAUAGGGAUGACCAGUCAAGGAGAUGGAACGGUUCAAGUACAGUUGACCGACAAAGUCGGGACCGCAUAUCUCAUCCAAGUGAUGAUUACAAUGUUCAGGUAAAAGAACAGCUUGAGAGAUCCAUGCAAAAGAUUGAAGAAAUAAAAAAUGAGACUAUUCAGAUGGAGGAGAGCUUAGAGGAGAAGGAGAAACUUGUUUUGGAUUUACAGAAGAAAUCUAAGAAAUUGGAGGAUGCCUUGAUAAAUGCAAAGAAGAACUCUUCACACCAGAAGUUGAAGCUAACCAAGCUACAUAAAUCAUUUAUGCAAGUAAAAGAUUACACUGAUAGACUUAAAAUCUGUGAACGCGAACUUCAGUCACUCGUCGAUACAGAAUUAUUGGAACAUGGUAGUGAAGAUGUUGGCUUAGGGGAUGAAAUCUUGACAAUUGGUAAUGCAUGAUGUACAUCGUGAUGAAAUCUGGAAGAAGAGUAACAUGUAACAAAGUAUAUUUAUUGCCCCCUUUUUUGGGUGGGAGAUUAUGAAGCAUCUGUAGAUAUUUACUUAAAAGUAAGUAGAGAUUCAGCUGAUUGUAUCUGAGACAUAUAUCCUACAUCAUGUUUCCCGAUUAAGCUGGUGGUUUGUCUCGUGUUGGUACAACACUCUCGUCUUGUGAUAUGCAUUUUCACUUUAACGCUUUAUUAA